CUUCCGCGGCCUAGGUCUGGAGAAAACCCUACACUCGGUCGCUCAGCGCCCUAGAGCGUGGUGCCGGCCUACAACCUCUGCCCCCUGCUCGGGGGCGCCAGCUCCGCCUCUUCUCGAGUGUUUCCCACAGCCGAGGGAAAUGGCGGCUGAGGUGGAUUUUGGCGAUUUAGAGCUGUUCGAGGCGUUUGACCACCCAGAGGAGUCGCUUCCAAAGCCCGUUCACACUCGCUUCAAGGACGAGAACGGCGACGAGGUGAACGAGAACGGGGCCGGCGACGCGGAGCUGCGGGAGCGUCUUCUGCAGUGCGAGGAAACCAUCGAGCAGCUCCGCGCCGAGAAUCAGGAACUUAGAAGGAAAUUGAACAUUCUGACUCGACCAAGUGGAAUAUUGGUGAACAACACCAAGUUAGAUGGACCUUUAUUACAGAUUCUAUUUAUGAACAAUGUUAUUUCAAAGCAAUAUCAUCAAGAAAUAGAGGAAUUUGUAUCAAAUUUAGUAAAAAGAUUUGAGGAACAGCAGAAAAAUGAUGUGGAAAAGACUUCCUUUAACCUUUUACCCCAGCCGUCCAGUGUCAUGUUGGAAGAGGACCAUAAAGUAGAGGAGCCCCGUGCCGUUAAAAACGACAAGGAAGCCUUCAGUGUUGUAGGAAGUGUCCUGUAUUUUACUAAUUUUUGCCUUGAUAAAUUGGGGCAACCGCUACUAAAUGAAAACCCUCAGCUUACGGAAGGAUGGGAAAUACCCAAGUACCAGCAAGUCUUCAGCCACAUUGUUUCUCUAGAAGGGCAAGAAAUACAAGUAAAGGCAAAAAGGCCAAAGCCUCACUGUUUCAACUGUGGGUCCGAAGAACAUCAAAUGAAAGAUUGCCCGAUGCCCCGGAACGCCGCCCGCAUCAGCGAGAAGAGGAAGGAGUACCUGGACGCCUGCGGGGAGGCCAGCGGCCAGGGCUCCCAGCAGCGCUACCACACGGACGAGGUGGAGGAGCGCUUUGGGAGGUUCAAGCCCGGGGUCAUCAGUGAGGAACUUCAGGAUGCCCUGGGUGUGACGGACAAGAGCCUUCCGCCUUUUAUAUAUCGAAUGCGCCAGCUGGGAUACCCGCCGGGAUGGCUCAAAGAGGCCGAACUGGAGAACUCAGGGCUUGCGCUCUAUGACGGAAAAGAUGGUGCUGAUGGGGAGACAGAAGCUGGAGAAAUUCAGCAGAAUCAAAACGUCACUUACGAUCUCUCGAAAUUGGUAAACUAUCCAGGUUUUAACAUCUCUACUCCCAGAGGCAUUCCAGAUGAAUGGAGGAUGUUUGGUUCCAUACCGAUGCAGGCCUCUCAGCAGAAGGACGUAUUUGCCAAUUACCUUACUUCUAACUUCCAAGCGCCGAUCGCGAGGUCUGGCUCCAAGCGGCCUGCAUCUCAGCCCAGCAGCCCCAAGAAGCAGAGGAAGGAAAGCAGCUCGGCCUCCCCCGCCGACAUGGAGCUCGACUCUGAUGCAGAGGUCCCACAUGCUUCUCCGGGCGGGGAGGCGGUCCGGUUUCAGCCCCCGUUGCCCCCUGGCACUCCUCCCCCGCUGCCACGGGCCACUCCUCCCCACACCUUCACGCCUCCGCUCCCCAAGGGCACCCCGCCGCUGACCCCCAAUGACUCGCCCAAGACCAGGACGGCGCCCACGCCCAUGGACGAGGACACCCUGACUCUGGAGGAACUGGAAGAGCAGCAGAGGCGGAUCUGGGCGGCCCUGGAGCAGGCCGAUGGCAUGAACAGCGAUUCUGAUGUUCCCGUGGACACACCUUUAACUGGAGAUUCGGUCGCCUCCUCACCUUGUCCGAACGAGCUGGACGCCGCUGUCCCAGAAGGCAGACCCUCUGGCAAGCAGGUGCCAGGGGAGCUCGAGGGACCGGACACUCGCACGAAGAAGUCGGACGUCGACCAUUCCUCGAGUCCAGAGUCCGAGGUGACCCUGCUUUGUGAGAAGGACAAGGAAGAGCCUGCUCAGAUAGACUCCUUGGGUGCCCUUGAUAAUGGCGGUGCCGUGUCGAACUGUGAUGUGAGCAAUGGAGGCGGCCAGCGGCUCCUGCCCAUGGACACCAGUCCUUCCACAGCCACUAAAGUCCACAGUCCCAUCCCCGACAUGAGCAAGUUCGCAACGGGAAUCACGCCGUUCGAGUUCGAGAAUAUGGCCGAAUCUACUGGAAUGUACCUCAGGAUAAGAAGCCUGUUAAAGAACUCACCCCGAAACCAGCAGAAAAACAAGAAGACUCCUGAAUAACUGCCUGACAUGCAUCGAGAUUCCAGUCAUUGGUACCAAGUGGCUGCAUAAAAUUGUCUUCCUGUCUGUCCUUCCCGUGUUUAAAACUCAACCCAGGGCUUCUUUGUGGCCUGAUGUCAGGCCUGUUUUAAUGAAUGGAAUGAUCGGGCUGGUUUCCUCUAUUUUUAUUCUCACUGAUGGGAACGUGGGGGGGAGUGUGAGUAUGAGCCGCUCUAGAUCUAGUUUGUUAAGGUUUAUACUAUUUUUGGAUUGUGAGUGUCCGCCAAGAGUGAUGGUUUUUAUCUGUCUUUUGUACAUUGUUUUUCCCUUUCUACAUUUUGCUAAUUAAUAAGUUUAAUAUAUCACUUUUUAAAAAAAGUCUAACCAUUUAAAAUUCAUAUUUCAACUUCAACAACCAAAUGAGAAAAAUCAGGGAUGAGCAGCUUUACCCCCCUGGGGGGUAUUUUUGUAAGUGAUUUACAUGCAUCAAUUUUAAUGACUUACUUUUUUUGUAACUUCAUUCUUCAUAUGAGCUUGCUGUACAGGUAUGUUCAUCUUUGUGUACAGAGGUUUAAUAAAUUAGUUUUCAUGUACAUAAUCUAAGACUUUGAAUACAAAAAAAGUGACUCACAGUUAAAUCAGUAUAUAAAACCCCGUAAAUUUGGAAGUAAAUUAGGUGGUUACAAAAAUUAGUGAAAAUAUAAAGGGAAAAAAAGCAAGGGAAGUAUAAGACACUGCAAAUUUGAUAUUUUCAGUGGACUUCAGCCUUAAAUAUAGAAGCAGCAGAAUCGUGAAGUAACCAUUUUGGAAAAAAAUGAACGGCGGCCAGUACAAAAACAGAAAUUUCUAGACUUGAACCCCACGAUAAUUAAUGGUUAAAAAUAGAAAGCAGACAAAAAAAAUUGCUUUUAAUUGUCAGAUCUCUAAAAGAGCUAAAACUAUGGUUUUUGUCUUUAUGUGGAAUGGUGUUACAUCUUUACAGUCAAGUUCAUGAAAACAUUUAGAUGAUCUUGAACUGUUAGUCUCAAUACAGAGUAGGGCAAAAGUCGGUUUACAGCUGUGAGUGCGUGAGUUUAUUCUCACAUUAUUAUUUAUCAUUGUAUCUUCCAUAGAAACGACUGUGAACCUACAUUUACCCCCCUCAUGCCCCCUCCCCCCUUGUUAUCCUCUCGGACCAGCAGAGGGAGCUAAACACAACCAUUCUGGGUUUAGCUUUCAUCUGGAGAACUUGCGCAGUCAAAUUGACUGUUGUAUAAACAGUGGAGGGAAGGGAAAUUAUAUGAGAGGGGGAAGUGUAUUCGUCAAGGCCCUCACAGACCAGGCUGGAAAUUGAGUAAAAUGUUAGGUACUUUCAGCCUUUUUCUCUGAGUUGAAGUAUGUAAUGAAAGUGACCCCUUUGUGAUCUUACUCAAGUGUUUCUAUCAGAUAAAUGUAGCGUCGCCAAGUAAGUCUGUAAGGAAACUUUGGGGCCAUGGAAACAUCGCUAUGGAGCAGUUACCGGGACUCGGGGGCAUCCCAGCUGCGGCGACCGGGCGGCAGUGUCCCCUGAAACGUCGUGUUAGCGGAGGCCCCUCUGAACACCCGGGCGGCCCCCCAGCUGCCUCCUGGGCCCUGGCCGCAGGCCUCACGCACAGGUACUGCCCUGCUUUGCCCCGUCUGCACAACUUCCGUGUUGCGUAACGUGUCGCUCCGCUCACCUUUCAGAGGAAAGGCCUCGGACACACAGCUGGUAAGUAGCCCAGUGGGUCUAAAUCCAGACCCUUCUGGCUUGCCCCCCAUCCGUGUGUUAACCGAUGGACUGCCUCCCUGUCAAACCCUGGAAAACCCCUGGUUUCUCCAGAAAAUUGGCUCCUGAUUCUUGAUUUACUCAGUUAUGUCUUGAAAAACACAGGAUACGUUGUCACUGUACUGCUCAGAGAAGACAAUGAGCUACCAUUGGGCACUGAAAGAAGGCGACGGUAUGUACGCCGCGCCUGGUGUGACUCAGUGAAGGGUCGCUGGUCCGAAUCCCAGGCAGGGCACGUGCCUGGGUUGCAGGCCAGAUCCCCGGUUGGGGGUGUGUGAGAAGCAACUGAUCGAUGUAUGUCUUUCUCCCUUCCUUCCCUUCUCUCUAAAAGAAGUGAAUAAAAUCUUUU